CACAACAGCUGACCGCUAUCGGCAAUCGCCUGCUUGAUUGGUUUUCUGUCAUAAUGGCUGACAGCAAGAAACGCCGUCAGCAUAGCCAAAAAUCGAAGGCGCAUUUCCCACCCGCUUGCAAGACCGAAGCUAAAUGGAUGUUUGGUCAUUUGGAUUUGAACAACGAUGGCUAUUUGUCGCUACAGGAAAUGUACGAUUUGGAACAUGAUCAGAAUGAGCGCUGCAUUAAACCAUUCAUCGAUACUUGCGAUCUUGAUCAGGACAAUUCGAUUAAUACGCGCGAAUGGUGCCGUUGCUUCGAGAAGACCGAUCGCCCAUGCGCCGCGGUUCGACGAAGAAUCGCUGGCGACUUUGCAGGUGAGAUAGGCGCCUAUGCACCGGAUUGCGAUGUUCAGGGCUUCUAUAAGCCUACCCAGUGUCACAACUCCGUCGGCGUUUGCUGGUGUGUGGACAAGCAUGGAGUCGAAUUCGCCAACACACGCACCCGAGGCAAACCCAACUGUGAGUCUGUUGUGAAUAAUGCCUCAUCGCUCACCUCCGACGAUGAAGAUGAGGAUACCGACGACGAUGACAGUGCGGAAGGAAGUGCCGAUCAAAUGCUGGUAUUCUAAGCGAAAUAAAACUUAAUGGCAGAGUUUUGAAAAAAAAAA